AUGUGUGAGGAGAAUCAGACACAAGUCACUCAGAUACGUCUUCUUGGAUUCCGAGGUCUACACAAGUACAAGACUCUUCUAUUCAUUGGUCUUUUCCUGACUUAUGUAUUUAUCAUUGUUGGAAACCUUCUAAUCAUCCUUUUAGUGACCACUUUUGACCACCUCAAAACCCCAAUGUUCAUCUUUCUGAAACACUUAUCCAUAGCUGAUGUUUUAGUAACCACCAGUAUUGUGCCCAUGAUGUUGGGCAUAAUAUUUGACGAGGAGGGAAUUUUGCCCCUUUGGGCCUGUAUAAUGCAGUUGUAUUCCUUUGGUAUAUGUGGAUUUAUUCAAUGUCUUCUCAUUGCUCUCAUGUCGUAUGAUCGAUACUUGGCCAUUUGCCAUCCAUUACGUUAUUCUUCACUGAUGAGUCCAGAUCUUUGUCUCCAGCUCAUUAUUGGGUCAUGGUUUUUAGUCACUGUGUUGACAUCAAGUGAGUUCUUUUUUUUCAUACAGUUUAAGUUCUGUGGUUUGAAUUACAUUGACCAUUUUUUCUGUGACUCUGGUCCCAUGGUGGAAUUGACCACUUCAGACAUUUCAAUUUUCAUGUUACAAGACUUUGUUUUUUGUAUCUUUGGGAUAUUUUUUCCAUUUACGUUUAUCAUUAUGACCUACAUUUUUAUUUUCUUCACCAUCCUUAAAAUUUCUUCAGCUUAUGGUAGAAGAAAAACUUUCUCCACUUGUAGCUCUCACCUGAUCACAGUAUGUGUAUAUUAUGGAACCCUAAUUACAGUUUAUAUGGCUCCAUCUAAUGAAAGAACAUCCACUACCAAUAAAUACAGAUCUCUCUUGUACAUAGUAGUGACACCAGUGAUGAACCCCAUCAUCUAUAGCCUGAGGAACAGUGAGAUCAAGAGAGCUAUUCAGAAGAUGAUGAGUUACAUCUUUCAAAAUGGAUGGAAAAGAUGA